GCUGGAGAUGAGGGAGCAGUACGGAGAAAUCCUGCUCAAGAGAUGGAACAUCACCUUCAGGCAAAUUCUGGACCAGGACAACUACAGUCCGAUCCCGGUCUCGACCGAACAGGAAUACAGACAGUACGCGUCCCAGUUCCCCCUGCAAGACCCCGAACUGGAAAAGCUUCCCUUUCCCAAGAAGCUCCCGUUUUCUGAGUUCGUACCAAAAGUCUAUUCCCAGCUGAAAGAGUUCAUCUAUGCCUGCCUGAAAUACUCUGAGGACCUGCACCUCAG